AUGCUGCUCCUGCCUCUCUUAGUGUCUUUUCCUUUACUGUUUAACUUGAUGUUUGCCAUGCAAAACAGCGCUCUCUAUCGAUCUCCAACAAGCGAUCUUUCUUUCGGUAACUUUAAGCGCGAUCCAUUCCAUUACUUGUGGGCAGAGAAACUUUCAUCAUCCAUGAUGAGAGAUCAGUUGGACUGCGCUUUUCUUUGUGUUGGUGAACCAAAUUGUUAUUCGUUCAACAUGGCAGCGUAUCCUGACUCCAAAGGUCUUUAUCUGUGUGCUUUGUUGGCCACAGACAAGUACAGAGAGGCUGAAAAGUUUCAUGCAAAUGCUACCUUCCAUCACUGCAGUCCGUCGUCUCCAUGUGAAAGCGCUCCUUGUAAGAACGGAGGUGUCUGUGUUCCUGAAUAUGAAAGGAACUCCUAUCAUUGUGAAUGUAAGCCUGGAUUUAACGGAACUCACUGCAAACGCUGCAAACGUGGAGGGAAUCGAACUUGCAGUGACAUCAAAUACUGCAAUCCUGAGGCUAAAAAUGGCUCUUAUGUCAUCGACCCUGAUGGAGAGGGCGGAGUGAAACCAUUUAAAGUCUUCUGUGACAUGACUGACAAGGGCGGGAUAGGAGUGACAGUUGUCAGUCACGACAGUGAAAGCAGAACACUGGUGGACGGGUUUGAUGGCCCUGGUAGUUAUUGGCGUAAUGUUACUUAUGAUGAAACCAGUCUAAUUCAGCUAGCAAACUUAACAGCUUCAUCUUCUCACUGUGAGCAGUUUAUCAAAUACGAGUGCUAUCAUUCAAGGCUCCUUCGCAAUAGUGACAUGUUCGGCUGGUGGGUAUCACGUGAUGACGAGAAGAUGAAUUACUGGGGUGGAGUCAACUCUGUUCCCUUUAAAUGUGCAUGCAGUUUGAAUAACACGUGCGCAGACAGCAGUUACGACUGCAACUGCGAUAAGAACGAUUUCAAUUGGCGAGAGGACAGCGGUUUACUAACGGACAAGUCCAAGCUUCCCGUGAUUCGAAUGAGGUUUGGAGAUACUGGUGUUGAUGAAACAGGAUAUCACACGCUUGGAAAACUGGAGUGUUAUGGACUCAUCUAGAAUUCACAUUUAAAAGACAACUUGAACAUUGUAUUCCCUUAGUCAGACCUGAAUAAAAUGGAGGUCCAUGAUAGUUAAGAGAAAUGUAGUGAAUUGGUAAUUUGAUUGUAAUGUAGUAAGAAAAAUGGAGAAAUUCAUAAUGUGUAGUUAAAAGUAUUUUCAAAAAAUUGUUACCGAAUGUCAUACUUAGUGUUAGACUGCUCAAGUGUUUUGGACUCAUUUAGGACUCAAAUACAGGUCAUUAACUUUAAGUAGUUGCUAUAGUGAUACUUGUGUGUCAAAACUAAUUUGUUUUUAAAUAACAUUUCCCUUUUACUGCGUUUGAGAAUUCCAAGAGACGUGAAAGCUGUUGCCUGUGGUGAAAAAUCUGCCAUCAUUUUACAAAACUCAUAAAUGCUUCAAAUUCGUUGGAAUAUAUCUUUGAUGUAAUUUGAUGACACAAUUUAUUAACCAAAGCAAAAGGGAGACGACCAAGCUGGAAGUUAGUCUGCCAAGGAAAUCUUAAACAAAAGAUUCUAAAGACGUCAAGUUGCAAACUUUCACCCCUAUUUGAAUCCAAUAAAUACGCUCAAUUUGAAAAUGACUGUAAGUCUUAUAUUAGCACUUGAAUU